CCAGAGAACAUUAGUUCAAAACAAUAAAAAUCAGGGAACACGGCAGACAGGUGAAGAGGUUUAAAGGGUUGAUGAAACAAGAUCCCAAGCUUUGACUACGUCACAGUGCGCUGUUAAAUCCUUCAUAUGAAGAUUGAAAGCAGAAUGUCAAAAUGGUAAGCCAUCAUCUGACUCUUGUCAAAAUGGCAGGCUCGUGCUGUCUGAAUAUUUCCCGACGAAACCGUAUUCUGUCAGCACAGAUUGCGAGCUGACUUAACAGGAAGUCUGAUGAUGAGAAAUGAUGACUGGGGAGAACGGACAUUCAUCACAGCGGAUGAGAAAACGUGAGCGUGUUAGGACGCCAAGACUUUAUUGGAUUAGACUCAAUAAUACAAAGAUGAACGUGUUUGUUUCUCAUUUAAAGUUUCUCAUUCGUUCUUAUGACUUACGACUUCCUCCGUGAAACCAGAAAGCCUCGAUGCAUCAGCAAACGGACACAUCUGCUGGAGAAAGAAUCAAUCCAAUAAACUGCAAAAUAGACACAAACAAAACUUGUCUCACACCAGGGUGGGGGGUAAACCUAAUCGCCUAACUAGCUUUUCAUCUCGCACUGUUUCUUUCCCCUGUCAGUCGACAGUAAUUACCACAUCCGGCUUAUUGUCCUCCUGAUGACUGUAAUUAAUCAAAUUCUGCUCCCUAAUCUCUGGAUCUCGUCAUCCUUACAGUAGGCCCAGGCUGACCACGCCGGAUGGCGGCCUUGUGUAAGCUGUUUUUGGGGGAGUGUGUGACUGUGUGCUUGUCGGAAACUUUGCAUGCAACAGCAGAUUCUCCAGCCUCACUCUGCCACGUUUCAUUUUUCCGUCAGAAGAAUGCUGUUCUUCAGGACGGAGGUCAGGACCCCUCGGCGCCUCCUUGAACUGGCGGCUGUGUGUUUGCACCUGGAGCUCUUGACGGGAGAGUUUGUUUUGUCAUUCCCACCAACAUUUUCCACCUACUAAGAAAAUAAAGACUCUUGCACACUCCUAUCCUCCCUUUGAGCUUCAGGUGGAUUACCAGGUCUUUAAUCUGUCCUUUGAGUGACAUCACCCUGUGCUCAUACUCCUUACAGGAUAUUAGGGGGAAGCAGGACGUGGGAACCACUGCUGGACUCUGGAAGGUGAAUCAGCUCUCCACGGAAGUUCAGACCAAAAUAAUCUCGCAUCCUCAGUCAGGGACAUGCAGGCAAUCAUAGCAGAAGAGGACGCCAGCAUGGAGGAGCUGGACGACCACAACCUGCAGAUGGAGGAGACGGCCCAGGGCCUGCUGAGGACACCUUCGCUGAAGGAGAGCUAUCACAGCGACACUGAUUUCAUGACAGACGACCGCAGCUCGGCAGCCAGCGGCCUGGACGUGGCCGACCGGCUCACCUACCUGGAGCAGAGGAUGCAGAUGCAGGAGGAUGAGAUCCAGCUGCUGAAGUUGGCGCUGGCUGACGUCCUCAAGAGGCUCAACAUUUCUGAAGAGCACCAGGCAGCUGCCGCCGCAGGAAGGAGAAUGCCGGGCGCCAAAGCCAGGCCCGUCUCCCUGGCUUUGCCCCCCAGAACCUCCAUGGCGACUUCCAGCUCCACUUCCCUCAAAAAGAGCUCCACAGUGCCCUCCAGCGCCACGGCGAGGAAUUACAGCCCCGCGCCGCCACCUCUGAGCGGUGUGAAGAGCCCGCCAGGCGGUGCGAAGGACAGUCCGUGUAAGAUCACUAAGCCGCGACCCGCGUCUGCAGCCUCGGUCUGCAAGAAAGUUCCUGAAGAAAGCAACAAAUCCAGUGAGCCCGCCGUGAGCGUAGGAACAAGACGGGUGACGCAUUGCAAAGGUAGGCUUUGUCUCUUGGAGCAAAAAGACUUUGGUUUAGAAGAAAACGCCAUAGUUAACAGAACUGUGUGUGAGCUCUUCUUUUUGUUUUUCAUUUUUUUGGUCACAUCAUACCAUAACUGUGUGCACCAUCACCCCAUUUCUUGCGUCCAUUUCUGUUUCUCUUCUUCCCCAUUUUCUCUCUUUCGCCGCCUGCAAUGUCCCUUUUUUCCCCCCUGUCCGUUCUCUGCGUCUCCUCGCCACAUUUCACCACUUCACUUAGUGACUAUGCAGAUCUACCUGAGUCCUCUCGCAAGAAAGACUGGGUCUUCUGAGGAGGCCAAGUCGGCGUCUGCGGUGCCCGCCUACAGGGGGCCCGUGGCCGGCCCCGGGCCCCCGCCGACCAAGAGGGGCGGCCAACCGCAGAAGAAGAAGUCAACCCCGUCCUUCACCUUGAGCCUCCAGAAAACCGUAACGGGCCAGAGCUCAGCGCAGGAAACGUCCAGCUACAUCAGCCCGGUCAAGUCGCCCAGCCAAUACUUUCAGAUUUGCUACUGACGCAGACAGACACUCCUAACUCGUCUUGAAAGAGGUUCACGCUGAUUAGAGAUUUCAGUUUUCAAACUCUGUCGGCAUUUUUAUGGCAAUCUCCUUGCAACUGAGUUAAUAAAACUCCUAAAGAGGCUCACCAAACCACUUACCUGUAACUAACCCAUCUGACUACAUCAAGUAUCGUGAUUUAUGUUUAUUUCUUUUGAACAUUUUCUGCCUUUUUAGUUUCCUUGCAUACCACAUCCUAGCGAUAGCUUUACUGGUGCUUAGAUCUGUGCAUCGUUUUCCUGAACUUCUGCCUCCUCUAUGAGAGCACUCUCAGUGACGUACAUGAGGAGGCAACUUAUUGUCAAGACGACUGGAUUAUCUGUGUGCGCCGAUGUGUUUUUUUUUGUUGCGUGUUUGAUGUUAGUUUCCACCUCAAAAUGUCUGUUCUUAUUCAGAAAAGACAAUAAAAAGUGUUGAUCUCUGUGUGA